AGGAAGUGGCAUGUGUCGGAUGAGGACGUCUUGACUUAACUCUGAGUUACUUUGUUUUUUUUUUGAAUGACUGAUUAGACGUGUGUAUAUUAAACGAGCAUGUUUGUAUUCAGAUGGUAGUGGUGUCUUAUGAAGACUUCAGAUUCAGAUAAUAAGGGAUCUCCUGUUCGUGUCCCCUGCACAGAGCUGCAUGAUGUGUUCUGUCAGAACCAUCACAUGCUUGUUGCGCCUCAGUAAAUCAAGUGUGAGCACGUCGGUUUUCUGGCAUGGCAGCCAGACGAGACUGUUCAGCACCAGCAGAACCUGCAGGACUAUCAUGCCUGCGUGGGUUAUUGAUAAAUAUGGAAGCAAUGAUGUGCUGCGGUUCACUAAAAAUGCCAGUUUCCCCAUCAUAAACUACCCCAAUGAGGUCAUAGUGAAGGUGUCUGCAGCAGGACUGAACCCAAUUGACGUCAGCAUGAGAGGUGGCUAUGGUGCUGCAACGCUGUCUAUGAAGAGAGACCCUCUGAAUAUCAAUCAGUCAGGCAGCGAGUUCCCUCUCAUCCUGGGAAGGGAUGUGUCUGGGGUCAUCAUGGAGUGUGGCCUGGACGUGAAGUACUUUAGAGAAAGGGAUGAGGUGUGGGCAGCUAUCCCACCAUGGAAGCAGGGCAGCUUGGCUGAGUUUGUGGUGCUGAGUGCCAAUGAGGUGUCCCACAAACCAAAGUCACUGAGCCACACCGAGGCAGCAGCCAUGCCCUACGUGGCAACCACAGCCUGGUCCGCACUGGUCAACACAGGCGGGCUAAACAAGGACAACUGUGCCAAGAAGAGGGUUUUGAUCCUUGGAGCGUCCGGGGGAGUGGGAACGUUUGCUAUACAGAUGCUGAAGGCUUGGGGAGCCCACGUGACUGUUACCUGCUCCCAGAAUGCUGAGCGGUUUGUGAAGGGACUGGGAGCGGAUCAUGUGGUUGACUACACCGCUGGACCUGUUGAGGAGCCGCUCAGUGCUCUGGAGAAAUUUGACCUGAUUCUGGAUAAUGUUGGCGGGGACACGGAGCGUUGGGCCCUGAAUCUUCUUAAGCCUUGGACUGGAGCCAAGUAUGUCACCCUCGUAACACCUUUCCUCCAGAACACCGACACGCUGGGCAUUGCUGAUGGCAUGAUGCAGACUGCUGCGACGGUGGCCACAAAAGCAUUCAAGCACUUAGUCAAAGGAGUUCAUUACCGCUGGGGAUUCUUUGCACCCAGUGGUCCUGCAUUGGAUGAAAUAAGGGAAAUGGUGGAUGUGGGACAGAUCCGGCCUGUGGUGGAAGAGACGUUCAGUUUUUCUCAGGUUCCUCAGGCCAUGGAGAAGGUGGAGAAGGGUCACGCCCGAGGAAAGACUGUAGUCCAGAUCAGCAAAGGGGGAGAUGACUUGUAGCACUGACUCGUGCCGUUUUCUGCACGAUCUUGAGCCAACACUGAAUGAAAAUAAUUUGAGUGCAAGGUUUAUUCUGUCUACAGCUGCAAACAAGGUACAACGACGAGGUUAUUUCUGUUCUAUUAAUGCUUGUCAUUGUGUGUUUGGUUGCUGAGCGUGUGUAAGCACUAUAGCUGCGGUCGUAUGUUUUGAAAUGUUUGCCAUUUUUAUAUGAGCUUGAAGACAAAAAUAAAUAGAAAAGUGAUCAUGUGAACACUGGAUUUUUUAAAAGAAUAACGAGUGACGGUUUAUUAGGUUCACUUAGCAGAAACUAAUGCAGUCUAAUAAACCAGGAAUAAUUCCUAGCCUGAUAAAAGUUAUGAUAAUUUAACUUCAUGAUCAAAUGGAGGUUAUUCUCUCUGUGUAACGUUAGUCAAGGAAACAACUUCCUCAGUAAGGAAACAACUUCCUCAGUAAGGAAACAACUUCCUCAAAAAAUAAACAACUUCCUCAAACUUUCUUUUUUAACUGUUAGAAUAUCUGAUGUUUGUUUCCCAUAUACAAAUAGAUUUGAAUGAGACUGCUUUUGUCGUGACAGUGAUUGUGAUUGGACUAUGAUAUGAUGAUAUGCUGCUGUGUUUCCACACUUACUGUAAUAAGUUAAGGUCUUCCCUUUUAAAGUAAAAGUGUUUGUGAGAGAGAGAACAAGUUCUCUCACACGGCAUAUUUGUAUACAUUUAAUCGUUGACUCGUUCUUUUGUCCUCCAUGCAAAUCAAAUAAAAAUAUUUGUUCUGCCUUU